CACCUGCUGGCAAGAAGAUGUAAACACAGAGACGUUACAAAACACUGGACUUUCACUUAUAUAAAGCGCUUCUCACGUGUAGUGUUGUCUGCAUGAAAAUAACAAUUCAAAGAAGAAAAAGCAGCGCUACCGUAUUACACUGAAAUGGCACGGGCGAAGAAGGGUCCUUCAGAAUCGAAGCAGAAGUCGAGGAGGCAGAAUGGAGAAACGUCUGGGGCUGCAGGACAAACCAUCUCCAUGAAGCUUCGGCAGAAGAUGGACGGGAAGAACACAUUGAAAACAGGGCCUGUUUUCCCAACCACCAUGAUAAAAUCUUCAGUUGGGAAGAGAAGUGGACCAGGAAGCAUCCUGAACUACAUUUACCAGAGUACACUGGGGCAGAGCCUUCGUUCUCAGAUGAGACAGUGUCUCCAGGAGCCAUUUGUACGUUCCCUGUCCUCCUAUAAGCUCCACCGUACAGCCAGUCCGUUUGACCGGCGGGUCACCUGUCUGGAGUGGCACCCCUCGCACCCCACCACGCUGGCGGUCGGCUCCAAGGGAGGAGACGUGGUCCUCUGGGACUACAACGUGCUCAACAAGACCAGCUUCAUACAAGGGAAGGGAGCCGGGGAUUUUAUUGGUGGGAUGACGUUUAGCCUGACGGACCCGUCCAAGGUCUACCUGGCGUCCGGCGACGGUACACUGACCGAGCAGAGCUUUCAGGGCGGUCCAGGAACGGUUCUGUCCAGAGUCCAGGACUGUGGACACGAUCACCACAAUGUCUGUCUGUGGUACUGCUGUGUAGAUGUGUCGUUGAGCAGACAGAUGUUGGUGACAGGAGACAACAUUGGACGAGUCUUAUUGCUGGGCAUGGAUGGACACCAGGUCUUCAACGGGAAGCUGCACAAAGCCAAAGUGACCCAUGCUGAAUUCAACCCUCGCUGCGAUUGGUUAAUGGCGACAGCGUCCGUCGACCACACGGUGAAGCUAUGGGACCUGAGGAACAUCAAAGACAAGAACACUUACCUCCACGAGAUGGUUCAUGACAAAGCUGUUAACUCAGCCUACUUUAAUCCAGUUGACUGCUCCAAGCUCCUGACCACGGACCAGUAUGACCAGAUCAGGGUGUACUCCUCUUCUGAUUGGUCAACUCCUCAGCAGAUUAUCCAGCACCCACACAGACAGUUUCAGCACCUCACACCAAUCAAGGCCACGUGGCACCCUCUGUACGACCUGAUGGUGGUUGGACGGUACCCUGACGAGAGGGUGUGUCCAGGUACCCUGAGGACCAUCGAUAUCUAUGAUGCCAACACAGGAGAGCUGGCAUGCCAACUACUGGACCCCAACGCCCCUGGCAUCAUAUCUGUCAACAAGUUCAAUCCAAUGGGAGAUGUUUUAGGAUCUGGAAUGGGAGUGAACAUCCUAGUGUGGAACAGAGGGGAGACAUUGGCUGGUAAGCAGCGGAGAGGAGAGCUACAACAGGAAGCAGGAGUCCAGGUUGGCAGAGGUAGAGGCCAGCGGAGGAGAAGAGGGGAGACUCGGAGGGGGGGAGGGACGGGGGGACGGGGGGGAGAGGAUGAGGACGACAUUGGGAAGCUGAAGAAGAAGCUGUCUUCGUCCUCGGGCACCAGAACCAGAACAUCCAGGGACACAGAAGGGUCCAAAUAAAUAAUCCGGGAGAAAGAGAGAGGUUGUUUGUGAUGUUGGAUGUUUCCUUUAUCGUGUGUUUCCUUUAUUUUGGUAGUUACUCGUAUACAAAAUUACAUCAUUUGGUGUUUUGUUGAUGGUGGAAAAACACUGUCUGAGGCAGCACUUCAGAAUCUCCCAAGAGUGUUCAAUUGGGUUGACUGAUACAUCCUCUAUGUUCCUCUGAGAGCCCUCUGUCAGUCACUGAGAUCUGGUGACUGAGACACAUCCUCUAUGUUCCUCUGAGAGCCCUCUGUCAGUCACUGAGAUCUGGUGACUGAGACACAUCCUCUAUGUUCCUCUGAGAGCCCUCUGUCAGUCACUGAGAUCUGGUGACUGAGACACAUCCUCUAUGUUCCUCUGAGAGCCCUCUGUCAGUCACUGAGAUCUGGUGACUGAGACAUCCUCUAUGUUCCUCUGAGAGCCCUCUGUCAGUCACUGAGAUCUGGUGACUGAGACAUCCUCUAUGUUCCUCUGAGAGCCCUCUGUCAGUCACUGAGAUCUGGUGACUGAGACACAUCCUCUAUGUUCCUCUGAGAGCCCUCUGUCAGUCACUGAGAUCUGGUGACUGAGACACACCCUCUAUGUUCCUCUGAGAGCCCUCUGUCAGUCACUUCUUCUAGCCAUAAUGGGCAACUGGGCAUAUAUUUUUUUUACGUGACCCUAAGCAUGAUGGGAUGUUAAUUUCUUAAUUACCUCAGGAACCACACCUGUGUGGAAGCAACUACUUUCAAUUUACUUUGUGUCCCUCAUUUACUCAAGUGUUUCCUUUCAUUUAGUCAGUUUCCUGUCUGCAUUUGUAAUCUGUUACCUUUGUCUUGUUCAAGUCAUGUGUUUUAUUGAAAAUGUUCCAUUCCCUUUGUUAUAAACUGGGACAAUCGUGACAUCCACAGAUGUUUCAAAUAUGUCUGACAACACUGAAAACACAUUUCUUGUGUUUCAGAUGUUUUAUAAACCUCUGUUUCUGGUGAUAAAUUGUGACGUUUUAUACACUUUUUAUACUUUAUUAAAAAAGAGAAUUUUUAUCUUGAA